AUGAACCGGGACAAGGUCAGUCGGCUCGGGGUGGCGGAGCCAGGCCGUGGGUCGGGCCUCGCCCCGCCGCCCAAUGCCGGUCCAAUCCGCCCGGUACCCGCACGCCCGAGCCCAAACGCCAACCGGAAGCUGCAUGUGCUUAACAUUCAGACACACCAUCCCUUCCCUUUGCCCGGGCCUCGAGCGACAUCAGUCAGCCCGGGUCACACUGGGACUUGGGUCUGCCCCGUCCCCCGUACUGGGCGCCCGCCGUCGCAGCUUCUAUUCAAGGGUGCAGAGGCGGAAGCGGCGCCGAACUACGACUCCCAGCAUCCCCAGCGCUCCGCCCGCCGGCUGGGAGCGAGGCGAGGCUCGGUGAGUCAGAACCGCACAGUAAAUAUUUGUAUUAGCCGGAGCCGGCUAGUUAAUGGUGGACGCGUGAGACGGAGUAUCGAGCUGCGCGGCGCCUUGUCAUUGAACAUGGACGAGCUCAAGCACCAGGUCAUGAUCAACCAGUUCGUGCUGACCGCGGGCUGCGCGGCUGACCAGGCGAAGCAGCUCCUGCAGGCGGCCCACUGGCAGUUCGAGACGGCCCUCAGCGCCUUUUUCCAGGAGACCAACAUCCCCUACAGCCACCACCACCACCAGAUGAUGUGCACUCCCGCCAACACCCCUGCCACGCCCCCCAACUUCCCUGACGCCCUCACCAUGUUCUCCCGUCUCAAGGCCUCCGAGAGCUUCCACGGUGGGGGCAGCAGCAGCCCAAUGGCCACAGGGGCGACGUCACCCCCACCACAUUUUCCCCACACUGCCGCAGCCGGCAACUUUGCGGCACCCAGCUGGCCGACUGCAGCCUCACCCCCAGUGGGUACACAGCACCACCAGCUGCAGCAGUUGCCCCUGUGGACUCCGGCACCCCCCUCCCCAACUUCAGACUGGCCACCUCUGGCCCCCCAGCAGGCUGCCUCAGAACCGAGGGCCCACCCUGCCAUGGAGGCAGAGAGAUAAGGGAGGCCCCUCCCCCCUCCUGGAGGCCAGGGCCCUGUGGUGGGGGGAGAGGACGUCUCCAUGGGCCCCCUACAUCCCUCCUGCACCCCGUCGUUCCCUGGAGCCUUGGAUGGGAGAGACUGGCAAGGCGGGGGCUGCAUCCCACACUCACAUGCACAGCUGCAUGCAUGGCGCCUAGGAGCUGGUGGGUGGCCCAUUGUCACCUGGAUGUGGUAUAAAGCCUUUGGAGAGCCUGGUGGACAGAACUUCUCAGAGACCAAACAGCCUUCCUUCAAGAUCUCCCCAACCCAGGGCACCACAGAGAACAACGAUAGUGGAGAACUUGCCAGUUCCUGACUUUUUUUGAGUCCCUGGGACCGCAGGGCCCUGUCCGUGUGUGUGUGUGGCUGUGUCUGUAUUUAUACGUAUAUUGCUUUUCCAAAAGCAAGCUGUUCAUGGGGCAGUGGGACUUUGCAUGUUAGAGUGAACCCCGCGCCCGCUGCCCCCUCCCCAGGGCCUGCCUCACCCCUACCCUUCCAUCAGCUGUCACUGCUGUUCUGUGUAGAGAAGAGGAUUGUGGAAGACUCCAGGACUUUCCCACACAUACCCCAACUUCUGCCUGCUAGGGCUGACUGCAUGCCUCCCCAGAGCCCGAGGAUCCCCCAGCUUCAUUUCUUUUUCCCUUUUAACAAAGGAGAAGAAAGAAUUGCAGACCACCAUUAGGCUCUAUGGUCUUACCGUGCCUCCUCAGCUCUGCCACCCGUGGCUCCUGAGCUGGGGAGGGCAGCCAUGUAGAGCUGGACCACCUCUGGGUCCUCCCUACCCCGUACCGCCCUGUCUGUCACUGCCUCUGCAACUACCACAUGCUCCGGAAUUGCCCUGUCCCCUGAGACUCUUCCCACGGAGCUCGUUGCUGGCACAUGUUGCCAGAACUUAACCUCAGUCAGCCCACCCUGCCUCUUGUGGACAGAGCCCGACCCCACCUCUGAGCACCCAAGUUUCACACAAGGACCUUCCUUGUUUGCAGGCCCCUGUGGUUGUGCUGCAGGCUGGACCCUCUGAGCCCAACCUCCUGCAAAUGUGGCUGGAGGCAGCAGGCUUGUAGGGCCAGUGGGGACUGGCCAGCAGGACAGAGGACAGGCCAGGGCUGGCUUGGGGCUCAGAUGUUAGGUCUCAAGGAGACUGGCGGCCCAAGGGGCAGUAGAGCACAGGUCCCAGGCAGCUCCUGUUGGUCUGGGCAGGCACCCGCUCUAGCCCAGGGAACGAGCCUGAGUGCAGCUCCUGGUUGCCCACUCUAGGGGGUCCUGAGGCAGCCUUGGCCUGGCACCCUUUCCGAGAGGGCCUGGCCUUGGGAGGGACUCGGGUUGCACCUUGUCCCUCCGUCACUAGGAGGGCCUCCUUGGUGCUUGGUCCAUCACCUGGGGGACCCUCUGUUCAGGUGUCUGUAUUGUCUCCUACUUGAGAGCCUUGUUCAAGGCUCCUGUGCCUGUUCUGGUCCCCACCUGCUCCAUCUCUGCUCAGAUGGGACCUGGGUAGUCGUGAAGCCUACCUCGAAUGACUGUCUCCUCUGGGUCAACACUGAAACCUGACUGCUGGCCCACACAAGCUGGUAUUUGUGUUCCCGAGAGCUGCGCUGGCUUUGAACCUGCCUUUCUGGCGGCUCCACUUCAGUGAUCGCCACAUCAUCCAAUUCACACGAGUGGCAGGGUGGGAAGGGACCAGGAGCAGGACAAGAAGGGAAGACAUCUCAGCCGCUCCAAGUGUUCACUCUGCAGCUUCAUGCUUUUGGAUGCAAGAGAAUUUUCUAGAAACUCUGCCUUCAAGUAGCAGAAAAACUUUUCCAGGGACAAAUAAUGUGUUUUUGAGUUACCUGCUGUGUGGGGUGGGCCUGGCCUUGGUUGUCCCUGAGGGCAGAUGACUGAGGUGGCCGUGCAGAACCCAUAGUCCUGGCAGGAGCAGCAGACUCCAAAGUCCCACUUAGGUUGGCCCCUGGGACAAGCAGGGAGCACACCCUCAACUGCUCCUUGUGGCCACUGACCAGCGUGUCCCCAGGGCCUGCUGAAAGUGCAGGAUCUAGGGCCUAGCCCGGAGCUACUGGGUCAGAAUUUGCCUUGUACCACGACCCCCAGGAGGUGCAGAUGGACUUAAAGUUUGAGAUGCGUCCCACACAACGCCCUGACUGAGUGCUGGCCUGCUGGGGACCCAGUUUUGGCUCUGGGGCCACUGGGGCUGGGAGGUCUCAGGUAGUCAUGUGAAAGCUGGAGGAACUUUAGGUCUCCCAGACCUGGGCUUCCCAGCCGUGGUACUGUUGACACUGUUUUUGAUCGGUCCUUGUGGUGGGAGUGGCCUGUGCACUGUAGGGUGUUGAGCUGCAUCCCUGGUCUGUACCCACCAGGUGCCAGGGGAACCCCUGCCCCAGGUGUGACAGCCAGGCACAUUCCUAGACCUUGGCUGGUGUCUCCCAGGAAAACAAUCGCCCCUGUGGAGAAAUGCUGUAGACUCCCAUUCCAGUACCUAGCUGCUCAGCAGAGCUUCCUGUGGCACUCAGCAGCAGGAAGCAGAUUCCAGGGUCUACUGCAGCAGAAUAUUGGGGGAGGGCCUGAGAGUAGGUUUUAAACACUCCCUCAACUGAUUGUGAAUAUACUAACACCACUCACUGUACAUUUUGAAAGGGGGAACUUUAUGGCAUGUGACAUCUCAAUAAAGUUAUUCGGAAAAACACCCCCGGGCAGCCUCUCAGGGUGAUAGGUUCACGGGUGCUUGUUAAACACCCAGGUCUCCAGGCUCCCAGGCAGCCAUGCUGGAGGAAGGCCCAGCGGGGUGGGAGCCACAGGACCGGUCCUGUCACAAGGCAGUCAGUCUGGCCCCUCACAGAGUUGGGCCAUGGGGUGGCCCGCCUGGGCGGCUCCCCAAGGCCAGGAUCUUCCUGUCGCGUCCCAUGUGUGCACCUGCAACUGUGCCUGGGAACUUGGGGGUCUGUCUGGCAGCUCAUGGACGAGGGCUGCCCCUGGCAUCACACCCAGGGCUGGAAAAGCAACCACGACUGACAAGGGAGAGCUAGAAGUGGGUCCUCUCACCACUUCCAAGCCUAGAAGUUAAGAAGGAAAACUCAUGGGGCCAGUGGUGACUGGCAGAGACAGUGCUGGUGCUCUGAUAGCAGAACCCAGCUUUGCAGGCCCCCAGCCUGUCGGCUUCAAGACCCGCCUGGGAGCUGCCUGGCAGCUUAGGAGACCAGCCUCACCACUUCAAAGCCCGGCAGCCUUGGCGGCGGUCACCCUGACCACCUGCCAGACCUGACCUCCUGAUAGCUUUGGCUGUUUCCAAAAGUCCACUCUAGGAAGCACUAUUUGCAUGCCCUGAGGUUGCUCUGAAGACUGGGCUUCGAGCACCAUGUGUCUGAUUCUGAGGAAGGGCUUCACUUAGAGGGGCAGAUCACAAUCCCUCCAUGGGUGCUGCUGGCCUUGUACAGUGUUUAAAUCUUAUGUGAUUGCCAACAUUUUACAAUUACGAGAGUUUACAUGAAAAUCCCCACUUCUGGCUGAUGUUGGAGAACUGGAAUAUCUGGCCAAAUUCCCUUCAAACCACCACUAGCCAAAGCUGACCAUCACACUGGGGAUGCGGCCCGUCAUGUCCCUGCCCAGCCAGCCACAUUGCUGCCACUGCAGACACUGCACUUCCAACUUCUGCUUUGACUCUGAAGGAAUCUUGGUUUUCUCCACAGCUGAAGCACUUCAGUGACCCUACGCAGAGGGGUGGGAGCCUCGAGUGCAUGAGCACCAUGUCUGCUGGUGAGAGGUGUGUUAAGACACUAAACUGCUUUCUGCAGCCGCCUGGGAUCCUCCCUGGAUGGCUGUGAAAAGAGAAGGGCAUGUUCUCCACUGUGGAUUCUCUGGGACUUGGGGGCGCUACGAGGGCAGCUGAGCGUCCCCAGGAACUUUUCGGUGGCAGCCAGGGCUCUCUGAGAACACUGUGGCCGGCCAGCCACAGGAACCCUCACUGGGGGCGUCCCUGGAGGUCUCUGAGGGGCCUUUCCUUUGUCCCCAGCACCAAGGACAAAGAAUGCCUUUGACUCCUUUUGAGGCAAGGUUGUUUCCAGUUUGUUCAUUUGAAAAGGUCUCUGAGUUUUCUAACCACAGCUUGUAUUUAGGAAAGGCGCUGCGGUUGCGUGGUGGUUAAGUGCUCGACUGCUAAUUGAAAGGUCAGGUGGUUCUAACCCACCUGGUGGCAAUCUGCACCUGUAAAGAUUACAACCUAGGAAACCCCACAGGGCAGUUCUACUCUGUCACAUUGGGUCACUAUGAGUCAAUAAUAGACACCUAACAACAACAAGGAAUCCCUGCACAGCAGGCCCUUCCCUUUAGUGCGCCUAACACCUGCCUUUGGGUACUUACUGGUGGUGUCUUUCUCCAGUGCAGAUUGUCUUGUUUGGGAUACACACUCGAGGCUGCCAUUAGUUGUUUAUACCUUAGGGUUAAUGAAUUCAAGGUCUUCGAAAGGGAGAAAAUGUUCAGUGGCCCUUCCGUGUGCAGCGGUGGGUUGUGGGGCUGGGCUGGGGGUGCAGGGUAGUCCCUGCACAGCGUCCCCUCCCCUCCAGUACCGCAUGAGUUGGCACUCUCUGCUUUGCAGGAGGCACCUCCCUCCCCUUCCUGGCCAGGCCCACUCUCAGCCCAACAUGCAGCGCCAGCCUGGAUGCCUCCCUCCCCACCUGACCAACUGAUUUUGGUCUUAAAACUGGAAGCCCCAAGACUCAGGACAGUGGGUCACCCUGCUCCCCUCCCCAUCCAGCCCUGCCACUGUGUCCCAGGCCUGGAGGAGACUGCACCCAGGGGCUUCUGACUUCUGUCCCCCAGAAUUCCCACCCUAGCGGCUCCAUCCCAGUUCCUUCACUCCCCAGUGCCUCCCUGAGCUGGGACGGUGAGGGGCCCCUCCUGAGGCACCUGUCAAGGGGCCAGGAAGAGGCCACACCCCCCACCCAGCUUCCAGGGCUUGCCAGGUACCACCCCUCUGGGACUGAAGGGUGGCUGCCACCUGGGACCAGUCCAGAGGCUGGCUGCCCCCACCCACCACCCCACAGAGAUAUGAAUGUCUUCCUCUGGGAUUGCUCCUGGCUGGCCUAGUGCUGCAUCUGAAGUUCCCCAUCCUAUGAAGGAGGACUGUGAGAAUGCAAAUAUGUUACAUGUUGCACACCCAGGCCACCCUCCUCAGCUGCAGGCACCCGGGUUUGCAAGGGCCAUAUGGGGAUCAAGCACCAGGGGCUGGGAGGGUCAGUCGAGCCUGGCCAUGGGGGCAAGGGAGGAGCCCUGGGUGCAAGGAUGUGGGUGUGCAUUGGGGGUGCAGGGACAGGCCCCACCACCACGACAGGCCCGGUGCAGGGCUCCCUCAGACCCCAUCUGUCCAGUUACUGGAGCCAGGGCUGUGCCUCCCUUCCCUGCGGUGGGUGAGAUGGCAGAAGUGGGGCCCUGGCAGGAGGAGGGACUAGCAGGUUCCAUCUGUCCACAAGGGGAAGGCAAGCCCCACAGAGGAGCACCAGCCAGUCACUCUCAUUCACAGUCAGCAAAGUGAUUUUAUUCUGGAAAAUGGUGCAAAAAUACUCAUCUGUGACAUGGAAGUGGGGAUGGGCGGCCGAGGUACUGCUCGCCAUUUCCCCCCAAAGCAGCUUGGACAGGUAAGUCACUGGGUCAGGAAGCCCGGGGCCUCAUUUGGACAUAGUCCUCAGAAAAGACAGCAGUCAGGGCCAGGGACUGGGGAGGGCAGGGGCUGCUGGGAACAGGCAGACCCUCCUUCACAGCACACCCCUAGCAGAGCCCAGAGCCCUCAGGCCUCUCCCAGGGUGGGCCCAAGUGGUGAAGAUGGGGAGUCCCCUCCAGACUCAUGGGUGGUUCACUGCCCCCCCCUCCCUGACUCCUCCUGUACCCCAGGGACCUCAGUGAGCAUGGGGGGUGGGGGGCAUGCCCCAAAACUGGGCAUCACAGUGAAGCAGCAGAAUCCCCGAACUGGGGAGUGAGGGAGAGGUAAGGGAGAAAGGGGAAGAAAUAGCCAGAGGCCACCCAGGAAAGAUGGGGAACCACUAAGCUUUGCCUUCCAGGACCAGGCGCUCAGUUGGCCAAAGGGGCACUCAGGCCUCACGGUCUGCUCUUGGUCCCACCAAGUGCAUGGGUGGUUACAGCAGCCAAAAGGCUGGGAACUGCUCAGGAGGGGUAACCCCCCAGGGCCAGGCGAUGAGGGCAUAUUUGAGUGGCAUUGCUCCAGUGUCCUCGGGUUAGGCAAGAACUAAGUACAAACCAUCAGGUUUUUAAAGAUCCAAUUCCUAACAGGAAUUCCUGGUCGAAAUAACCAACAAAAAAUAAAAAAUGAUGCAGGCAGUAAAUUUUUUUCCCAUGGGGAAACUGGACUCGGUAGAAAUAAUGGCCCCCAGAAAAAACUGAUAGUGGCAGGAGGUGGUAUUAGUUCAAUAUGAGGUGGGUUGAUCAAGGAAUCAGUUUCACUGAAAAACUGUGAUGGAAUAAAAAAGAAAGUCAUUAAAAAAAAAAAAAAAACGAAAAACAC